UAUUUGAUAAGCACAGGGAGUGGACGAGUGCGGUCAUUUUCUCCGAUAUCCCACGCUUUCAAAGGAUUGACUUUGAAAAGCCAACGUUGGCUUAAAAUCUACAGGUUUAAACUUGUAUUCCAUACUUAUCUUCGACACUAAGGACUGUACGUCGAGCUGCGUAAAGGAUAUUGCGCCCUGGAGUUCCUAACAGCACGAUGGGUGCAAUUAUGAUGCACGUGUACCUUGUGGCUGCAUCACUGUGUGUGUGUGGCGCUGCCCCCAUCUCAGAUAGCCUUGAGGUUUUAAGGACCCCUGUCUCAGUGUACCGCGGCCACACAGCCACAUUACCAUGCUGGCUCAAUCCCCCACAAAAUGCAGAGGGUCUGGAGGUACACUGGUACCGCGAUGGUGACUCCCCGAUCUUGUUUUACCGUGGGAAAAAGUUUGAGGACACAUCCCAGGAAGCUUCGUACGUGGGCCGAGUCUCGUUUGGCUUGAAGGAUGCAGCGUCUGGAGGGCUGGCGACAGGUGAUGUGAGCCUGAAGCUGAAAAAUGUUACCAUUGAGGACGCAGGAGAAUACACCUGUUACGUCAGCAGUGAUCAGAGUUACGACAGAGCCACUGUCAGCCUCCAGGUGAUAGCAAUGGGCGCCCCGCCUCUCCUGUCAGCGGUGUGGAAAGAAGACAACAUGUUGAAUAUGAGCUGCGAGUCUCAAGGCUGGUAUCCACAGCCUAGUCUGCGCUGGUCGGAUCAAAAGCAGGAUCUCCCCCCCAAAAACCUGACGUACAGCAAAGACUCUUCUGGUCUCCUGUCAGUCCAAAGCUGGCUUCUUGUCUCCAGCUCCACUGAGGUCUCCUGCUCAGUGGGCGUCGCUGACAAAGAGGCGAAGGAGGCAAGAGUGCACCUGGGGAGCCCUCCUCAACCUGAGUCUGGAUCCUCAGUGGGUGGAUGGGUGGCUUUCGCGCUUCUCCUCACGGCCAUGCUCGCGUUACUUGGAGUGCUGUAUUUCAGAAGGAGAGGGAAGAAAGCCAAAUCAGGAAGUGACCAUGCUGAAGAGAAUACUAAACUUUUAUCAGAAGAAGACAUCCUUAAAGCCAGCAAGCAUUACGUUAACGUCACACUUGACAAGGCGGGAAAUAAAUAUCUCACAAUCAAGGAUGGUUGUAUCCUGAGAGACACCUGCGGCACGUUUCCGCAGGCUACCUGUCUGACAGCUAUCAAAGGAACACCUGGCUUCUCAUCUGGAGAACACUACUGGGAGGUUUCUUUGUGGAAACCAAACAUAGGUGUCAAACAGUCGUGGUGGGUAGGCGUUACAAGUGAAGCUGUCAUUCCUCAGAGGUCAGAUUUUACUCCAAUUACAUCUAAUGGUUUCUGGUUCCUGUCGUCUUCCCCUGGUGGAGCAAAUACCCUUCAGUUUAGCACACAACCACAAGUUGUACUUCCCGUUUAUUCCAGACCACAGACAGUCGGUGUGUAUUUGAAUUAUGACAAAGGAGAGCUUUCCUUUUAUAACGUGGAGGAUAAGAGUCUCAUCGGCAGUUUAAAAGCUACCUUCAAAAAUGAAGUUUUCCCGGUUUUCAAUCCUGGUACAGGUGACGUAGCACCUAUGGAGAUAUUGCAGAGGACAGAACAGGGUCAGUCGAGUGACAAAGGGAACUCUGUAGGUUCAACAGCACAGGAGAAUUAAUCUCAAUAUCAUCAAUGAAAUGAAAACACAAGGGAUCAGUUUUAUAUUUAAGCACAGUACUUGUAGUUUGUGUGGAAGGGAAAGAGAGGAUAUAUUAACUGAGCCAAGUUUAAGUUUGGUUUUACUUUAUGGUUUUAUUUAGGGUUUAAGGAAAGUUGUUGAGUGAGUGACGUGGGUGACCUCCCAACAUCUGUAAAUAAGUCAUAUUAAAGGGAAACAACACCUAAA